ACAGAGAGAGAAGAGUUCUCGUGGUUGUGUUGCAGUUGUCUUCGCCAUCGGCACGCGUUUCUACUUGUGUAUCGAGGCACCCCACGUUUCAUUCUUGAAUUAUCCCUUAGAAUUCUUCCACGACUUGACCGAUAUGCUGCGGUCGCUAACGAUUCAACCGCUGGUGCCCGUUAUGGGCGGUGAUCCGUGCAACCACUCGCUCCCUGAGCCCGUCGCCGACAUCCUCACCACGUCGGACAGCCACAAAGGCAUCAACGCUACCGUGCACGUAUACUUCCGCUCGACCGCCACCGUCCAGUCUCAACCUUUGCAGGAGCGCACCCCGGACUACUCGUUCCGGUGCACAUUCGCAGAGCUGAAAAAGCUGCGCUCACAGAUCCAGUCAACUGUGGGCCGUGGCGGCCACUGCGCGCACUGCAAACGUGUGGCAACGUACAUGGCUUACUGCUGGGAACGGCCACGCCUGCUUGCCCCGUCGUGGCAGGGCGGUAUGACCCUGCAGAUGGAGCCGCUGAGCUCGUUCCUGAACCAGCUGAUGCGCUUCGCCGCUCAGCUGGGCGCAGAGGAUCACCCGGAGUUUGCUGCCAUCAUGGCUCGCUUCAUGCAACCGCGUGAUGAAGUAUAAUACGCUUCCGUCGGAAUAGAAAUGACCGAUGCACGCCCGGCGGAAUGCUGACGCGCCACGUCCAGAAGGCUCAACUAGCCACGGGUCAAUGACCCAGGCAGAAUUGAGCGUACCCGCCCGCCAUCAUGAUGGCAGGAAAUAGGGACGCGGAGCCGAUUGUCCUUUUGCGAGCGUACCCGCCUAGCGUGAAAGGAACUCCUUUACGACGCAGGAGAUAGGGACGCCACGCUGCUUUUCAUGCAGCUCACUUGGGCAUUCUAAGGACGAAGAGUCCGCGCAGGCGUCGAGGCUUUGUGCUCGUCGUUUGACUCACUUACUUACGCGCUCGUUUCACGUAACAUACAUUCUACUUGUUUCUUAACGUGUACAUGUAGUGACUAUUAUGUCGGUAAAAUGCAAGACAAAUACUAGUCAGCUGCAGGAAACAUAAGAUAUGAUAUUCAAGAGAGUAGCAAGAAUUAAUAGAGUUCGUCCAAGGUGGUGUCCUGGCGUUAGGCUUCAGCUAUCCGAAGCACGAGGUAGAAGGAAUUGACGCACGACUUGGUGGCUCUGGACUUGGCCAGAACACCACGGUGUUCCUUCCGUACAGGCAAAGUGGAUCAGGAUGUCUACAACACCGUCCACGAACUGCUGCAGCGACCGUUUGAUCUUUUCGCGACCAACGAGACGCUGAAGCACGCUGCUACCGAACUUUUUGUCGCCGGUGUCAAUAUACAGCAUCAUCUCCUUGCAAAAUUCACAGGAGACGGAUGUGUGUGCCAAGUGGGACGCGUUGAAAAGCGCUUGACGGAGAUUAUCAAAGUCCACUAGCGUCUUCUCCACCCUGUAGGCUGGCGGCCGAGUGUCCUCACUAUCAUUUAACUGAGUACGCGCUGCGUCAAUGUCUUUUGAGCUGGGAGUCGAGAUCCCGGUGUACACGUCAAGUGUGUAGUACGUAAGCAACUUUGUGCCCUCACGACGCGAUGUGGCACCGGAAACGACCAGACUCUCGAUUUCGUGAAGUGUCAGCUGACGACGCUGGGAGGUGGAGGCAUUUGGUGACGUUCUCGUUUCGACAGGAAAGAUUGAUCGUGAAGACGAGCGGGUUAAACCCUUUGCUUGUUCUUGUGUCUGCAUGGCUGGAAUUAUGAGCCGGACGGGGCCAAUUCUGAAGUGAGCCAUGGGGCCGAGAGAAAGGCAAAUAGAUGUAUGUGAACGAAGGAUUCAAGUCAUCAUCAAUCACGGACCUGACCGUCAGAUGACACGACUGACAUCCAAUCCGACGGAUUCGUCUCGAGAUGAGAUUCCGAUGCCCGCGGCCGCAGCCGACCAACACUAGCAAGAGCCCCGGCUCUCUGAGGAAUCCUAAGACCCUCAGUAAGAGAGCACUGUCGCCGCGAUGCUCCGCAAGCUACAAGGACUUCAUCACUUUCUUGGUCGAAGAGCUACAGUUGUAAUCCGCUCGAUUAGAUGAGUGAGUGCCCACUGUUGAAUCGACAAACUCCUGUCAGAUCAAGUUUGUUCAAACGCCCUCUAAUAACCAGGAGUAUCUUCUCGUCCCGAGACCUGGACCAGGAUUAGGACGAGGGUAUCCUGUACGUGUGUGCGCUAGUCGAACCAUUUGAAAUGACACUUACCAAAUUAUGACUCAAGUUGAAGUUCACAUACAUCAAAACGAAGCAG